AUGCACUCUUUUUCAACAGAUCCUGUUAUCAUUUUCUUACAACUAAAAAGUUUCCCAGUCAACCAAUUAAAUACCUUGAAAAAAAGAUUAAAAGCUCUCGAUAACACAGCAAGUCUUCGAUUAGCACAAAACCUGACACUACCUCUGCAAGAUUUUUGUCAAAGCUCUACCUUUAUUUUACAUCUUGGGUCUCUAAAAACCCUAAAGACAGUAUUUGAAAACGUGGAUCCACAAGCAGAAAAGUUCUUUGAUAUCCAAGUCACAGGUCUUGAAUGUAUUUUAUUAGGCGGUUUUUUUCAAGACCGUUUUGUAAGCACGACUGAAUUACAUAAGCUUCGUACAUUCGAUGCAUCCAAAGUGAACAUUUUAGGAAAUCUUACGAAAAAUCUAAAGCUUCCUCGUCUGUUAAAGCAGCGUUUGGUCCGUUUACCAAUGAUCUUACGGGCGAAUAACGGGAAUUGA